AUGUACCCUCAUCAUCGGAUUUUAUUGUGCUUCUUGUGCUCCCCUUCCUCUGACAUAACCCAAUCCUUUCUCAUUUGUUUGCAUUCUUUCUGCUCCGAUAGAACGCCAUUUAACUCCUGAGUAGGGUUUCUAUGCGUAAUUUUGGGAAAACUGGAUUGGAAAACUCUUAGGAGUGUUAGUGCAAGGAACCAGUUCAACUUUUCACAAUUGGGUGAUAAAUCUAAACCACUUUCUUCACUUUGAAUUAAGUAAAAAAUGAAUGAACGCAAACCAGAUGAUAGUCCAUUACCGCCAUCAGAACUAUUAUCCUUGGACCAUAGUCAGCUUUACAUGAGACGCAAACUGACAAGCUCAGAUUCAAAUUUAAGUGUUUAUAAUUUUGAUCUCCUUUCCGAUGAAAAUCCUCAUAUUCCGGAAGAUAAUGCUCCUUUGCAGGGUUCAUUUUCGUCUAUUGUUGACACCUAUAAUAAUUUGGAGUACACUCCUAACAGCAUAACGGUUGAUAUGAGCCAAAAAACCUGUUCUCAUUGCAAGGAUGGGUUCUCCAAUGAGAAAAUUGUCAACACCAAUGGUGAACUGUGGCAUACGCAGUGUUUUGUGUGUGCCCAAUGUUUCCGACCGUUCCCUGAAGGCAUCUACUACGAGUUCGAAGGUCGGAAGUACUGUGAACAUGAUUUCCAAGUUCUGUUCGCACCUUACUGUGGAAAAUGCGGCGAAUUUGUUAUUGGUCGUGUGAUUAAAGCAAUGAACGCAAACUGGCAUCCUAAAUGCUUCUGCUGUGAGAUGUGCAACAAACAACUUGCUGAUUACGGCUUUAUUCGGAAUCAGGGUCGUGCUUUGUGUCAUGAUUGCAACGCGCAAGUAAAAGCUGUUGGUCUUGGCAAGCAUGUCUGCCACAAGUGCCAUGGAGUUAUUGAUGAAAAACCGCUCCGUUUCCGGGGAGAAGUCUACCAUGCUUACCAUUUCAACUGCACUGCCUGUGGAACUGAGUUAAAAUCAGACGCAAGAGAAGUCAAGAGUCGUCCAGGACUUUUGGCAAAUGAUGUUAAUGAGCUCUACUGCUUGCGUUGCCAUGACAAAAUGGGAAUACCAAUUUGCGGUGCUUGCCGUCGUCCCAUUGAGGAACGGGUCGUAACUGCCCUUGGCAAACAUUGGCAUGUAGAGCACUUUGUCUGUGCCAAGUGUGAGAAACCUUUCUUGGGGCAUCGUCACUACGAAAAGAAGGGUCUUGCCUAUUGUGAAACUCACUACCAUCAGCUGUUUGGUAACUUGUGUUUUGUCUGCAAUCAAGUCAUUCAAGUCGAUGUCUUCACUGCCUUGAACAAAGCUUGGUGCGUUCACCACUUCGCCUGUUCAAUCUGUGACCAGAAACUGAACCAGAAAACCAAAUUCUACGAGUGCGAUGAGAAGCCUGUUUGUAAGAAGUGUAACGACAAGUUUCCUGCGGAAUUCAAGCGGCGUCUGCGCAAAGCCCACCAAUACACACCACAGAGAGCCCCUGUCUAAAUAUUGUAGCGACAAGACCAACCAUCAUCAAUAAUUCAGGAGAUUACAAGUAACACAUUAAGACCUUGUUUAGAUAUAGAUAUCUAUAAAGAAGAAAAAAAAGAUUAGAUCUGAGUUGCAUAAGAAAAUGUAUUUAUUUCUUUACCUGUGCAGAUAAGCUUGUCACAGUUAUAACUAUGCCACCAAAAAAGUAUAUUUUAAAAUAUUUGAAUCAUCGUAGCAUCGGUAUGUGUUCAGGUGGCUUUUAAAUAAGUCAAUUCCAAUGUGCAUAUGAAUUCCAACUUUUCCAACAUUUCCUGCUAGAAAUUUUUAAUUUAUAAAAAUGCUAUUCAGUCACUUAUUGAUACCGAAAGUGCAAAAACAAUUCCGCUGUUUCAAAAUUUCCACUCAUAUUUUUUGAAAAGUGAAAGCCAACGUUAUGGCUUGAAAUUUAUCCAGAACAUUGUGCUGUUAGUGAAAUAAAAUAAGGAAAGUUUCAAGAAAGUAUGUUGACUGGUUUCUGAAGAAAAAAUAAAAUGUGGAACCGUAAACGAAAAUACAUGUUUUUGCACUUUGGCCAUUGAUAUCAUUCCCAUAUAAAAGCUUCAUAUUUUUAAUGUUCCUUUCCAAAGACUCAAAAGGAAUUUUUUUAACAAACUACAAAUGCACAAUCUCUUUAAUUCCUACAGA